AAAAAUUUGAUGGCCGCCAAAGUUCUUGUUUAUUUGACGUUCCUUGAUCUUUCAUUUUCCGUUGUUCAAGGAGGGGAUUUACUGAAAUAUAUCGCAUUAAUUGCGGCUAUACGUUCAUAUAAAUUGUAAAUUAACGUUAUCAAUCUGGAAGUCCUACAAGUAAACCGUGGGGAAGGCGAGAUGACGUCUGUGGCUAGACGACGAGAACAGGACGAUUCGGGCGAAUAUUCGGACGCAUCACAAGAUAUCGAGCAAAACAAUUCUGGAAUUGAUGGCGCUCAGCAUGAUACCGACUAUGACUCCCAGGGAUCGGAAACUGAGCAUUCCGAAGGGGAUCCAGAGAAACAGGAGACGGAACGCCGCGUUGAUGAUGAUGAGGAUCGCAGCAAUCCACAGUACAUUCCAAAGAGGGGCACCUUCUACGAACACGACGAUCGUACAGCGGCCAGCGGCGAGGAAACAACGAACACCACAUCAGAGACGGUCUCCGAGAAGAAGGAAGGGGUGGAACCUCCAGCAGAGCGUAGAAGACCACCGAGGAAGGCAGACGCUGAUAAUAAGUGGGCACACGACAAAUACAACGAAAACGAACAGAUUCCGAAGUCUCGCGACGAGCUGGUGGCUAUAUACGGCUAUGAUAUAAGGAACGAAGACGCUCCGCCUCACGCCAGGAGGAACAGGAGAUAUGGCCGCGGCCCUAACAAGUACACGAGAACGUGGGAGGAUGAAGAGGCGUAUCGUCGUCAACUGGCUCACAAGAAGCCCCCCAGCCCCGCUGAUUUCCCUGAACUUGGAGCCACGAACAAACCCGGACGGAAGCCGAGGGCGAGACCGCGUUCCAAGUCACAGCCGGCGUCGAACGAGUCGUCUGAAAACGGCAGGGAGUUGAGACGGAACGCCUCGAUAAAGACGCCGAAACAGAAAGCGGUCAAACCGAACAAAACUAACCACAAGCAGGCCGUCCAGGAGAAUGUGGUCAAAAUGGAGAACCUGACUAUCACCACCCCAGUUAAUAACGGCACACAGCGUCGUGUAAGCGCUCAGCAACGUCCCGUGCCUACCGAAACUAAACACUCACAGCCACCAUCACAGAACAAUGCACUAAAACCUCAAGCACAACAGAAACCUCCGCAGACACAAGCUCCGGCGUCCGGUUCAGAGCCUCGCAUCAAGCGGUAUAGCAGCUUGCGGCAGCGACCGCUCGCGGAGUCGUACUCGCCGCAGCAACAGCAGCAACAGCAACAACAACAGCCGCAGCAACAGCAACAGCAACAGCCGCAGCAACAGAGAUAUCCCGAUUUUGUAGCCGGACAGCAGUCACAGCACCCAGCGACCGCGGGGCAACAGAUGCAUCCACAACAAAUAAUACACCCUCAAGUGCACAGAAACCAGGGUAAUCAGCACGGGCCGUCACCGCCUCAUCAACCAUCACAACACCCUGCCGGCCAACUCCCUCCGGCUCAACAUCCUCCAACACAGCUCCCUCCAACUCAACUCCCUUCCGGACAACACCCUCCCACUCAACAUCCGCCGGGACAGCAACACACGCAGCAGCGUCGCGGUAUACACGAGCCCCACGUCCAUCACACCAUACACAACAUGCCGCAGCAACACAAUAUUGGUCAACUGCAACCAGCUCAAGGAUACGCUCCACCCGCUAUGAUGCCAGCCCAAUACAUGCAGGGCGGUUCUUCGGGCGGUGUGUUUGGGGCGCCGAUGUACCCCGCGCCCGCCUACCAGCAUCAGAUGUACCCGCAUCAUAACUUUACGGGUGGAGUGACGUACUACAGUUGUGCUGAGCAGGAACAAGCGCCUAGAGCCGUUCGUCGACCGACAGCGGCCAUACCCAUAGUACGACCAGAUCGACCCGCCAACGACAGGCCGGCGAAUUCAACAGAAAAGGACAAUAUCGAUAGGAUCGUGGAAAACAUGUUCGUGAGGAAGCCAUGGCCGGCUCAGGAGGGCAAGGAAAAACAGGAAAGAAAUUCUCAAGAGCCGCAGAGCAAAGAAACGUCACAACCGAACAGUUUAACAUCCAGUUCGAUAUCAACGGAUUCGAAAACAGAGAAAAACGAGGAGAAACAGGAGAAAACAGAGACUCAGGAGAGCGUCGAACGGACGGACAGCGGGAAUAUAGACACUUCAGACGCUUGACUGCGGCUGUACGGACAUUUUAUCGGAGUGAUUUAACAUUGCUAAUAACAAAUGAUAUUAUUUUUUGUCAGUAGCGAUGUCCGUCAUAAUUAUUAUUGUUACAAAAAAUAUACAUAUAUAUAUAUCAUUUAAAAACUAGGUCUCGAUCAACUAUUUAUUAAAUUUAAGCUAUACAUUUCUCAUAUACGUCUUAAACGUCGCUACUAAUAAAAAAAUCUCUCUGGCGACGUUCAUGCAUCAUCGUGCGCAAUAAUAAUAUUAUAUUUUUGUAAGAACAUUAUUGAUGUGCUGUUUGGACGUCGCUAAGCUAUUCUAAGCCACGGCUGUGCCCUGUCCGGGGUUAGGUAGGUGAUUAAGUAUCGGACUAUCGAAGUUAUGCUAUAAAUACAUUACUCAAUACUUUUUUUUUUUUCUAUAUAUUUAUUUUCUCUCUAAUGUCACGCUAAACAUAAAUCCACUGGUUUUCCUGUUCGUAUAUAACUGUCGAGUCAUAUUUUAAGACUUGUAUACUUAAAAAUUUUUUUGUAAGACUUAUCGUAAUAAAAUUAUUUACAUAUUAAGUGGGUUAUUUUUAAUUAAGAAUCUACGAUAGUUUUUCUUUAGAUCCAUUAAGGAUACGUUAUGUUAAUUAUGUUUUGAAAGGACGUUUACGUUUAGCUUUUUUGUGUUAAAAUUUAAAUAAUGGUGUUGCCAAAAUAAAAAAUAUAUGAGUAUGCUAAGAAUAAGGGUAUGAUGUGUUGUAUUUUUUGAGACUGGGAACACAGAUGUUAGGUUUCCUAAAUUUUCCCAUCCCUAAUAUUGUUUUUUUUUUUUGUUAACGAAUGAGUUUGGUAAGAAUAUUCUAAAACAAUAUCUUUAUAUGUAAAUCUGUCCUCGACUAGUCUUAUAUAAGAAUCACGUCAUUAAAGAGUCACAGUUUUCAGCUGAAAAUAAAGUUGUCACUGAGUUUUUAAAUAUUUUAUAAAGAAAAAAAAAAACUUAUUAAAAAUCGAAAAAAAAAUGCUUUUGUAAACUAGGCCGGUUAUUUAUUUUAAGUAAAUCCUUUGAAUCUUA